AUGCGCAAUGGUAGUUAAUUAGCAUAUUCUAACAAUGGUCGCAAAACGAUUUGUACUGUUUCUCUUACUUGCGAGCAGUCUGUUCCUAGAAGACACUCUUUCUAAACCAGGGAAGAAGAAAGGCAAACCAUCCAAGGACAAACAAAACAAUGAUGACUGCAAAGGCAAGAAAUGUUCCAAACCAAAGAAAUGCUCUGUUGAAUACACCUCCGAACAGAUACAAAACCAAUUGGGUCUGAUUCCUCAGUUUACAAACAUACGUGGCUAUUCUUUUGAGAACUAUCGCAGCACAGAAGAGGUAAUUACAGAUAAGAGCAACAGGACUGCCGGAUCACACAUCUACUACCUAAUCGACGCGAGCUCUCCACUUGAUGUUUACCACCAGCUGUUGUCCGACGAAGUACGGUACUUCUACAUGGGAGAUCCCGUCAAAAUUCUCGAAUUGAACAACAACGUAUCCGGUCAUAUUGUUGAGACCGUUUUGGGAGACGAUAUCUUGGCUGGUCAAAACGUCAUGCAUGUACUGGAGAGGAAUACUUGGUUUACAGCUCUGAGAAUCGAAGGUGGCCCUUGUGGAUGGAGUCUGAUUGGAAUGAAUGAGAGCCCUGGCUUCGAGUUCGAAGACUUGCAAGUGGGUAAUAGAACGGAGUUGAUUUCGUUGUUUCCUGAGGCAGAGCAAAGUAUCAUUCGUCUGACAGAAAACAAUGAAUAAAUUCGAUUGACUAAAGAGCAUGUAUAUGGCCACGUAUACAUAACGACGAGUUAGCUUUUGCUCAAAUGUUUUGUAAUUUCCAGACGAGUUGUAUAACAGUUCGGUGCAAAUUACAAAAACAUAGCAAUGCUCUGA